AUUACGUAUAUAAAAAUUUUGCUAUUGUUAAGCAAAAAUUAGAUUUAUUAAUAGAAAACCAAUUAAACUUUCUUGAGCAAUGGGAAACUAACAAUACGCAAAAUGAUUUAAACGAAAACAACGAAGAGACUGCAAAUGUAAUGAUACAAUUUCCAAUAAAAACUGAUAACGCUUUAAAUGAAUUGGAAGAGACUCUCACCAAUAAUGACUAUCGCUCAAAAUUGAUAAAAGAACUUUCAAGAAUUGGUGGCAAAAACUUGAAAAGUGUUAUUUUGAAUUUAAUGAAAAGAAUUUUCUCAAUAACUAUUGCAAAAGAUUACAGUUGGUACGGAAAGAAGAACAACAAAACUUUUUCAGAAUUAAACCUUUGCUCAGUUCUAAUUAGUGUAGUUCAGAUUAAAUAUACACAAGCAACUGAAUAUGAAAUUUCGGAACCAAUUAAAACAUGGCUUCGUCAUGCAACUGAAAAAUCGAAAAGGAUACAACAUGAUGAAACUGCUUCAACGAAUGUACUCUGGAUGUUCGAAAAUCCCUCGACAUACAUCUGCAGGAUGUACCUAGGAUACAUUUUUGCUGUGUGAAUUCGACCGUGACCAAAUUUUAGUACGAUGCGUGAAUUUGUACAUUUAACAAUAUGGAUGUGUCCAGAGUACACGUAUUACAGAGGAAAAUUGUGGUUGGAAAAAUGUAAUAAUAGCAAAAUUAACACACCAGAAAAUUUGCACAAAAAUUAUAAAGUUUGUGGUAAUCAUUUUAAAUCGUCAAUGUUUUUAAACGAUUUGAAAAACAGACUUCAACCACAUGCAAUCCCCGAACCUAUAAGAAAUGAUAACGAUCAAUCAAGUGAAAAUAAUGCAACAUCCAAUUUGAGUGAUAAAUCUGAAGAAAAUACAUUAAUAUCAGAUAAUAACAAUAAUUUGAUAAGUAACGUGCAUGAAGAGGACCAUGUUGAAUCAGUGUUGCAUGUGCAACAUCAGUACACUCAAACAGAGUCAAUGAUUUCCAAUCAUUCCCCGCGCAAAACUAUUUUGAGAGGCCGAAUUAUAGCAUUACAUCGAGAAGUUCGAAAAUUAAAACGACAAUUACAACGGCAGACAAAUAAUAUAAAAAUUUGUGCGAGGAAAAUUUCCUUAGAAGAAUAUUGUGAAGUUACAAACGAAUUUUUAUCACCACAAGUUGCAAAUUUUGUGAAAACUCAAGUACUUUCGAUGGAUUGCCAUUGCCUGUCGACAGAUAGUAAUCAAUUAAAAAUUUGAUAUGUAAGUGGAUUUGAACUUGUAUCUUUGGCACAGACAGUAGCCGCGCAACUUCUUAACGUUAUA